CCACUUCCCCAACUGUCCAUAUUAACUGCCAAACAUGCCUUACCCUCCACUGUCGUGAAACCUUGCUCUUUCUUCUUCCUAAAUGGCUUCAUCCCAAGACUCUCAGCCUUUCCACUGGCACUACGCCGAGCUCGAAGACCGCGACUUCCAAAUCCGAGGCCGAACCCUCUUCUUCAUCAUCGUCCUCUUCUCCUUCGUCCUCGUCUUCACCCUCAUCUUCGUUUACUCCCGGUGGAUAUGCAGUUUCCAUCGAGACAACAGUAGUACCCCGUCCCCGACCUCCCACGCGCCUCCACAGCCUCGCCCGGAGCCUCGAGGCCUCGACCCUGUCACCAUCAAUGCCUUGCCGAUAACCAUGGUCACCCGCGGGAGGAAGUCGGCGGCGGCGGCGGCGGUGGCGCUUGAGAGUGAGUGCUGCAUCUGCCUCGGAGUCUUUGAAGAUGGCGAGAAAGUUAAGGUUUUGCCUGCUUGUCAGCAUUCCUAUCACUCCGAAUGCGUUGAUAGGUGGCUCAGUGCUGAGUCGAGUUGCCCACUUUGUAGAGCUUCUCUCCGAGCUGAAUCAGAGCUUCAUCAGAUUCCUGUCAUUGUAACUCAAUAACAUCAUCAACAACAACGACAAAAAAGGAAAAAAGAUUUUUUUCUCUGUAAAUUAUAUUUGUUUUAUAUCAUCUGUUUCCACUAAUUUGUGCAAAGUUUUUCUUUUUAAUUUUAUUAUCUGUUCUAGUCUUUUUUCUUUGAAUGGAAAUUCCAUGUGCUUGAUGAAUUUGCUCAAUGAAUUAUUUAGUAACGGACGAA